CUCCAUCACCCUUCCAUGAUCGGUUCGGCCAUGACCUCCUCCCUCAACUCUCCUGUCGCCAGCUUGGGCUCCCCUUUCCCCGUCAUCAGUUCCUCCAUGGGUUCCCCGGGGCUCCCCGCCACCCCCGCCAUCGCCUACGGUCCCGUCAGUAGCCCCCAGAUCAACUCCACGGUCAACCUCUCGGGGCUGCACCCCGUCAGCAGUUCAGAUGACGUGAAGCCGCCUUUGGGGAUCCGGGCUGUCCCUUGUCACCCCCACGGUCCUGGCGUCGCUGGCAAACGUCUCUGCGCCAUCUGUGGGGAUCGGUCCUCAGGGAAGCAUUAUGGGGUGUACAGCUGCGAAGGUUGCAAAGGUUUCUUCAAACGCACCAUCCGCAAGGACCUGACCUACACCUGCCGUGACAACAAGGACUGCGUGGUGGACAAACGCCAACGCAACCGUUGCCAGUACUGCCGUUACCAGAAGUGCCUGGCCACCGGCAUGAAACGGGAAGCCGUGCAGGAGGAGCGACAACGGGGGAAGGAGAAGGAAGGGGACGGUGACCUGGGGGCCAAUGCCAACGAGGAAAUGCCGGUGGAAAAGAUUUUAGAAGCCGAGUUGGCGGUAGAGCAGAAAUCGGACCAAAACGUGGACGGUGCCGGCACGGGGGGCAGCUCGCCCAAUGACCCGGUGACCAACAUCUGCCAGGCCGCCGACAAGCAGCUCUUCACGCUGGUGGAGUGGGCCAAGAGGAUCCCCCAUUUUUCCGAGCUGCCCCUGGACGACCAAGUCAUCUUGCUGCGGGCGGGUUGGAACGAGUUGCUCAUCGCCUCCUUCUCCCACCGCUCCAUCUCAGUCAAAGACGGGAUCUUGCUGGCCACCGGCCUCCACGUCCACCGCAACAGUGCUCACAGCGCCGGCGUGGGGGCCAUCUUCGAUAGGGUGCUGACCGAACUCGUUUCCAAAAUGCGAGACAUGCGUAUGGAUAAGACGGAGCUGGGUUGUCUUCGCGCCAUCAUCCUCUUCAAUCCGGAUGCCAAGGGGCUUUCCAACCCCGGUGAGGUAGAGCUGCUCCGGGAGAAAGUCUACGCCUCCCUCGAGUCCUACUGCAAGCAGAAAUACCCGGAGCAACAGGGCAGGUUCGCCAAGCUGCUCCUCCGCCUCCCAGCCCUGCGUUCCAUCGGCCUCAAAUGCCUCGAGCACCUCUUCUUCUUCAAGCUCAUCGGGGACACCCCCAUCGACACCUUCCUCAUGGAGAUGCUCGAAGCCCCCCACCAGCUCUCCUGAGCGUUGCCCC